UGUGUAGCUGGUGACCAGCCGAACAGAGCAUCGAUCGAAUCCCGCCGUCUUGUCAGCCUCUCUCCUCCACAGUCCGCCUCCGCCCGCGCGCCCCCCAGUCUCUGCUGCUGCGCUCCCUCUCCUCCUCGUCCUCCUACUCAAGAGUCAAACAAACCCGUUAAUGGAGACCUCCCUGCGCCUACGCGGCGCCGGCGGCCUCCGCAUCCACGCCAAGGAGAAGCUUCCCCUCGGCUACAACUCCCUAAUACAGGCUCAUGGGGAGAUGGACGCUGGCACCGCCGGAGCUGCUGCCCCAAGCUACCUUGCUCUCUUUGUCAGGCAAUUCUACCCCCAGCUCUCAGCCAACGUCGGAGUUGGCGUCCACUUGCACAAAGGCGAUGGCCUCACCUACAACCUUCGCGCCAAGAAGGCCCUCCCCUUCACAUCCACUGGCUUGCUAGGACUCAACCUCAAGGCCCGCCUGCUUACCGACACCGAGUUCAAGCCGAAGAAGAGAACUGGGGCCGUCGAAUUCGCCUGGACCAUACUUGACUUGAGGAAAGGCCAAGAUGUCAGGCUCAAACUUGGCUAUGAAUUCUAUGACAAGGUAACCAAGCCACUCAUCAUUUAUGCCCCGGUUGUGGUUGCACAAUCAUCUUUUAUGCACAACAGACUACAUGUAAUACAAUGCAUGGGUGCAUUCCAAAUGGGGUGCUUAAAGAUAAAUACGAACAAAUCCAGUGUUCUAGAGUCGCAUAGUUUUAGUUACAUUCAAAAUUAGUACCUGUUGGGCCUUGCCAUUUUUUUUUUUUUGCCGUGGCUAUCUAUUUUGCUCCUCGACUUGGAAGCUGGGUACGCUGCUGACAAACAAUAUUUUUAACUAAGUAAAGCGUCCUACUACAUUUGAUUUAUGCAAAGUAAUAGUAGCUUCCAAUUUGUGGCUAAGACAAAAGGUGAAAAAAAACAAGAAGACUGACCUGUGCCUUGUUGUGAUUUUUUUAUAAGUAUUAUCUGA